CUGUAUAGAUGGGGAAACCGACGCACAGACCAGCCCAGUGGUUCGUCCAAGUUCACACAUGAAGUCUGUGGCAGAGCAGGGACUUUAUUCCAGGUCUCUCAAGUCCUAAACUAGUGCCUGAACGGCUGGACCAUCCACAAGAAAUUCCAGCUGGAGGCUGCUAGGGCCUCGGAUAUAUUAGUGCAGCGUACCUCUUCCUACCCCCCAGUACAUAGGACUUGGCCAUAUCAUAUAGCACCCACUACCUAGCAAUAUUUCCUCCAGGCUGAGGGGCCCUGUGGAGGGCAUUAGGGCCGCAGUGAUACGUGGCUGACUAUAUGGGAUAUCCAGAAUUUGGGCCUGUUCCCAUCUCUGCUCUAGAGAUGUGUGGAGAUAGGUGCACCCAGCUACAUUGUCUGAGAGACAUCUGAGCAGGUGAUGGGAUUGUGUUUCUCUCUCUCUCUCUCUCUCGCACGUUCUGUUCUCUGCUCCCAGUUCUGGUUACCAGACACCUUUAGAUACUCGGCCCAGCUGCCCCAGUUGAUGCGUGGCUGUGGGAUACGAUGGUUCCUCACUCAGAAACUCAGCUGGAGCCUGGUGAACGCCUUCCCGCACAGCACUUUUUUCUGGGAAGGCAUUGAUGGCUCCCAAGUUCUGACCCAUUUCCCGCCUGGCAAUUCCUAUGACCUAAAAGGUCGAGUGGAGGAGAUGCUGAAAGCCAUGAACAACAACAAAGACAAAGGCCAUGUGAACCACAGCGCUGCUCUCUUUGGGUUUGGAGACGGAGCAGGUGGCCCGACUCAGAAGAUGCUGGACAGGCUGAAGAGAAUGAGAGAUACGGAUGGGCUGCCCAGGGUUCAGAUGUCCACACCUGACCGGUUUUUCUCUAUGCUGGAGAAGGAGAAGACCCAGUUGCUCACCUGGACAGGAGAACUGUUCCUGGAGCUACACAACGACACUUAUACCACCCAGGCCCAGAUAAAGAAAGGGAAUCGGGAGUGCGAGCGGAUACUCCAUGAUGCUGAAGUACUGAGUAGUUUUGCUCUGACCCAGAAAAAUACUUUCCAGUAUCCUUCCAUCAAACUGCAGCAUCUCUGGAGGCUGCUGCUCCUGAAUCAGUUCCAUGACGUGUUGCCGGGCAGUCGUAUCCAGCUGGUUGUGGAGGAUGCCAUGAGAUACUAUGCAGCGUUGGUCAGACUACGUAGAGCGGUACGUCAGCUCAGAUUCUACCUCUCCCGAACUUCGGGAACACCUGGCCCAGGAGCCGGUUUUCCUGCCAAGUCCCAUGAAAGAGUGAGCAAGCGGCUGCACCAGCGGUUCCAAGCCUGGGUGGACAGAUGGACCAAGGAGCAUGUGACCCGGGAAAUGGCAGCUGAGACAAACAAGUGGCUAAUGGGAGAAGGGUUGGAGGGUUUGGUGCCCUGUACCACUACCUGUGAUACAGAGACCCUGCACUUUGUGAGCAUUAAUAAGUACCGUGUCAAAUACGGCACAAUAUUCAAGCCGCCGUAAAGUCCCUGAGUGAGGGAAGAUCACGUAGUGUGUGUAUGUGUGUGUGUGUAUCAAGGAAACGAGGAAGAUGCCUUUCUCCCUUCACUGUGUAUCUCCGUAACAUGGCCAGUUGACUAGUGCGAAGCUGGUACAGUCUGUCACCAGCGGAAUUCGGUUUAGGAAAACGAAUCUCUACAAACCUAAGCUGGAACUGUUGCCAACAGGCCUCUGACUUCAGCGUGCACUGUGGAGGGAAGGACCCUUUUCAGAACUGAGUGAUCCUAGAGAAAUGCAGCUAGCUCGUACGCACCAGCAGUUUUGAGACUAACUCCUCAAUGGCCUGAGCUUCAAGGGAAGAGAACUGGAUGUUGCAUACAUCCUGACCGGAGUGGUGCAUUUAAAGUUACAUGCUCAGAUACGUCGUGAAACCCAGAGGUGCCUAUCACAACUGGAUUCUCCUCUAUUAGGCUGCUGCAGGUUUGUCAGGAUCUCACCCGGGGUCACCCAUCUGUGCAGUCCAGCUGUCGAGAACACCAUUUCCUGGAUCUGACCCUCGACUUCUCCCUCCUUCACCCUGCUGGACUCCUGAUUCAGCCAGUUCAGAUUGGUCUGUCCUUUCUAGUGCCAGUUGGAUUGUUUUGUACCUGCUUCUUUACUAGUCUUUCCUAGUGCCAUGCACCAGCUUUUCACACACAUACGCACACACAGCAGAAACAACACAAUUUUAACAUGUUCCCCUUCCUUUUUGUAAAUAAAUGUACAUAUUGUCAAUUUUUUUUUGUUUUUUUAUUAAAGGAAGUUUGCUUGAUGUGCUAGCAUAACUGUAC